AUGUCAAACAUCACAAGUUGUGAUAGUGGAAGCUUCUCUACAGAGAAUAUCAGAGAUCAAGAUGGAGUUAAACAUCAUAAUCAUCAUCAUCAACAAAAUGAAAUACUUGGUCAAUUUCAUAGUCCACAUUCUCAUACUUCAACUACAACUACUACAAAUAAUAGCAAUGGUUCCAACACUAAUUUACAACCACCUCUUAAGAGAAAAAGGAACCUACCAGGAAAUCCAGAUCCAAGUGCUGAAGUGAUAGCUUUAUCACCAACAACGCUAAUGGCUACAAACAGAUUCGUAUGUGAAAUAUGCAACAAGGGUUUUCAAAGAGAUCAAAAUCUUCAACUGCACCGAAGAGGACACAACUUGCCAUGGAAGCUUAAGCAGAGAACAACAAAUGAAAUAAUAAAGAAAGUUUACGUUUGUCCUGAACCUUCGUGUGUUCAUCAUAACCCUGCAAGAGCACUUGGUGAUCUUACUGGUAUUAAAAAGCACUUUUGUAGAAAGCACGGUGAGAAGAAGUGGAAAUGUGAUAAGUGUUCUAAGAAAUAUGCUGUUCAAUCUGAUUGGAAAGCUCAUUCUAAAAUCUGUGGUACAAGGGAAUACAAAUGUGACUGUGGAACCAUCUUUUCAAGAAGAGACAGCUUCAUUACUCACCGAGCCUUCUGUGAUGCAUUAGCUGAAGAGAACAACAAAGCCAACGAAGGUUCAGUACAGUUAUCAAACAUGCAACACCAACAAAUUCCAAAUCUCGUUUCUUCAAUAUUACCUUUGAACCAAAACAACUCACAUAUUGUUGGAGCUUCAGAGUUCAAUCUUUCAGAUCACAAACAUCCAUUAUCAUCGCCUCACGAUCUCAUGUCAGUUCCUGUAAAACCCUUCAACAGCAAUAUAUUCACUAGAAGUCUUUCAUCGUCAACUUCAUCUCCUUCUCUUCAACUGAGUUCAAACAACUCACUCAACAACAUCUUGGAAGAAAACGGAUCACUCCAUUUAUCUGCAGCUGCAACCUCGCCUCACAUGUCCGCCACAGCAUUGUUACAAAAAGCUGCUCAAAUGGGUGCAACCGUGAGUAAUAGUAAUGCAGGCAUGGUUAUGACGGAUAAAACAACCGUUGCUACAAACAUGAUGGCGCCGCCGCCGUUAUUUGGUGUGGUGCAACAACAAGGGCAGUCCUUCAUGAACCACUACAUGCAACAGCAACAACAACCUCAGUACAUUAAUAAUAAUUUCAAUGGAAAUGUGAUGAUAAGUGGAGGAGGUGUUAAUGGAUCAAUGAAUGGAGUUGAUAUGUUCAAUGCUAUAUUGGAUCAAAGUAAGGCUUUAUCGAAGAUCAUUGAACAAAACAAUCAAACUCAAAGUAUGAACAAUGUUGGAGGAGGAGGUGCAUCGAGUAAUAUUAUGAAUAUUGGUGGAAGUAAAGGAAGUGGUGGAGAUGUAAUGACACUGGAUUUAUUGGGGAUAGGAGGAGGGGGUGCACAUGGUAACUUCUAUGGAGGAGGGGGUACUCAACAACAACAGCAGCAGCAUCAAGCAGAAAGUGCUGCAGCAGCAGUAGCAGCAGAUGAGGUUUGGAGAAAUUGGUCAACGAAGAAUGGAGGGUUUGAAACCUUUUCAGCAACCAGCAACAUUUGA